AUGUACAAACUUAUUUCUAAAGUCCUUACUUCGAGAUUGAGGGAUGUCUUGGAUGGAGUUAUCUCAGAAUCCCAAAAUGCUUUUAUCUGUCGUCGUCAGAUCCUUGAUUUUUCUCUUGUUGCCAGUGAAUGUGUUGAUUUUAGAUUGAGUAGUGGUAUUCCAAGAGUUCUUUGCAAGCUUGAUAUUGAAAAAGCCUUCAACCAUGUGAAUUGGAGUUUUCUACUGUAUAUGUUGCCAUACUGGAGAGAUUGGGUUUUGGGGAGAGAUGAAGGAGGUGGAUCAAGUUCUAUAUUUCGUCUAUCAGAUGUGUCCCAAUUGAGAUGCUUGAGGUGUGUUUUGGUUUGCUUCCGGGCUAUCUCUGGGCUAAAAGUAAAUGUGGGAAAGAGUUCCUUAGUCCUGGUGGGGGAGGUGCACGACAUUGCUAAUCUUGCUGCAGUUCUAGGGUGUAGGGUUUCUCAUUUCCCUAUUUCUUAUUUGGGAUUGCCUUUGGGUUCAUCAUUGAGAAGGGUGAGGGGUUGGGACCUUGUGAUUGAGAGAAUUCGAGACGGCAAGAACACUCGGCUUUGGAAGGAUUUACGGUGUGGUGAGCGUUCAUUGGCUUAUUUGUUUCUCAGGCUUCUUAGGAUUGCCAUUGACAAACAUGCUUGGGUAGCUAACUGUUAUCGGCUUGAUAGUGGGAGGAUCACUUGGGAUGUGCGUUUUCGGAGGCUAUUUCAUGAUUGGGAAUUGGACGAUGUUUCUAACUUGCUGGUUACGCUGUAUUGA